AUGGGUAAAGAAGUUGCUCCAGCACAGGUGUUGAAGAGAGACAAGCUCCCAAAGAAGGCAAGAACAAACAUCACAAGAGGCGUGCAAACUGAGACAAUGAUGAAGGUGAUAGACAAUUCUGGAGCGAAAGAGGUGAAGAUCAUUGGCGUAAAGCACCUACAGACCAGCAAGAACACAAUUCCAAAGGCAGGGCCUGGUGAUGUAGUUCGUGUUUCGGUGAGAAAGGGAAAGCCAGAGCUGAGAAAGAAGGUGGUUCUUGCGAUUGUGGUAAGACAGAGGAAGAUUUGGAAGAGGAAAGACGGCGUGAAUAUCUGCUUCGAUGAUAAUGCGUGUAUUCUGGUUAAUGAAAAUGGCGAAUUGAAGGGAACUCAGAUUUCUGGUGCGAUUCCUAGAGAAGUUGCAGAAGCAUGGCCUAAGAUUGCAUCCCAGGCAUCAUCAAUUGAUUAA